AAAUCAGAAAAUCAAGUUCCUGUGGUUCAGACUGUGGUUGACCUGUCUGUUGUUAACAUUACUGAGCAGAAGUAUCCUGAUGGGACUGUAUCAGGGAUGGAAUGCUCUGUGGUGACAAAUGGAAUGGGGUGUCAUUACUCACUGACGUGGGAGAGGGAUCAUAAUGUGGAUCCACUAUUAGUGGGAGUGGAUUGCUAUGCUUCUGUUCAUUUUAUGGAGUCUGCUUACUCAUCAAAGAAUAACUCGAUGAAAUGUAAAGCUUUGAAUCGUGUCACAGGAGAAGAGCAUCUGUUUACCUUCAGUCCCCAGCCUUCAGUUGACACAAAAACAGAAUCAACUAAAUCAGCAAGUUCAACUGAAGGCACGACAGAACCAACUAAAUUCUCAACAGCAGUCACUGAUGCUUCAGAUGAUAAAACAGGUGAGAUAAAAUCAACAACAAAGAAACCAACCAGAAACACAGAAAACAGCACAGAAUCAUUCGGAGCCAUAUCAAACCCAUUAACCCAUGCGGACGUGAAAGGUUCGGGGAGGUUCAUUAUUGUCUCUGUUGUCUCUGCAGCUCUUCUAAUAACUGUUGUGACACUUGUGAUAUGGAUUAGAACUAAAGGGAACAAACGUCAGAUGGAGUAUGUAAUCCACCACAAUGAAAAUGAAGAUGAUGCAGCAAUGAACUAUGAAAAUCCCAGAGACUCUUUUUCUGUCAGACUCUACUGACAAGGAACAUCGACUCACUA